AUGGGAAAACGAAACAACAAGAAUGGCAGCGAGAAAAAGGCUGGAAGUCCUACAAACAACGAUACAAAAUUAGCUUGCACCCAGGAGACACCUGUCAAGGGAACAACUGCAGAGAGAGCAACUGCUGAUGAGACACCUGUCGUGGAUAAUCCAAUGGAAUUGAUCCAGAAACUACAAACUUGUUUCCAGAGUCAAGAAACGGAUUCGAAUGCAUUGCGAAGUGAAAUGCGACGUCUAGAGGAUAAGCUCAAGGAUACACAGGAUACACUCAGAAAUACACGUGAACAAUCACAAGUCGAAAUCUCUAGUUUAAACCUUGUCAUCAAAGAACUCGAAUCAAAUUUAGAGAAUACACGAGAAGAAUUACAGACCAGAAAUCAAGCUUAUGCAGAGCUUGAGGGAGAAUAUGGAGAUGAUGUGUUGAAUUAUGAGGGCGGGAUGAGGGUCUCGAAGAUAGAGAAGGAGAAGCUACAAGCAACAGUGAAGGAGCUCAAGUCUGUCAUACAAGCUGGAUGUAUCACUACAGAAGUAUUGAAGCAAGAUUUCGACAAGGAACGAUUGACCCAUCUAAGCGAGGUGGAAAGGCUAAAAGCAACGAUACUCGAACUGCAGCGAAAGAACAUGUCUAAAGAUAUUGAAGUAAAACCAGAGCCUUCAAACAUCGAAAAAAGUAUUCCUGGUGCUUCUACAGACAAUGCGAAUGCCGAUUGUGAGCACUGUGCAUUGCAAUUAGCUCAGAUAAAAUAUAUGAAAAUAGAUCUAGCCGUUCUAUCUCGGUCACUCACCCAAAACGAUAUCGGCAUUCUGACAGCGUUUUACUUGAAUACAGAUAACGGCGUGACAUCAGUGGGGGUAGAAUACAACACAAUGCAGGUUGAAAGAAAAAGGGGUUGGCAAUAUUCUCUGCCCAGGAUGGUGCGAACCAGCAUGUUAAGUAAAAAAAAUGGUCCAUCGGACUACAGAGUUCUUGUCGGAAAGUGGCAGACUUCGUAUUCAUACCUGGAUACCCUCGAAAUCUUGCAAGCAACUUACUGCCAGUCUGAGAACGAAUUAUCGGCACAGAAAAUAGAAACGAUAAACUGCCAGGAAAAGUUAAUAGCAUCUCAUGGCAAGGUAAUAGAUGGUAUGAAAGAAGAAGCGAGUAUAAAGCGCACGGAUGAAAAAAUUAAGCAAGACAAGCUCAAAGACGCGCACCAGAAGGCUAUUGAGUCCCUGCAUGCGAGUUACAAAGCUCAAAUCACGAAACUCGAGACAGAUAUCAACGCUCUGAAUAAAAAUUGCGAAACUCGAAUCAUGGCAGUCGAGAAGGAGCAUCUUCCGUAUCGCGAUCUUGCUGAAAGAGUCCUGGCUCGCGAGUUUGAGUGGUGUAAGCAUCCUAGAGCACGCAACGAGAAGAUCAUAGAUCAGGGAAAUCUUGCUGCACAUGGGGGAAACUGUCUUGCUGUAUUGAGAAGGAAAGAAUUAAGUCCAAACGAUGGAGACGACGAAUGGUUUAGGCUCUGGUACGGUAUUAGCAUUGAGACCUUCGCCAAGCACAAGGACUCUCCAAGAAUACAAAAGCUUCUUGACAUGCGAUAUGAAAUGAAGAAGUUUAAGACUGUCCACCUUUUCGAUACAGCUUUUGAGCGGUAUUUUCAGGAGACCAUGUCGGCUAUCGAAGGAAUGGAAGAGCGCCAACUGCUUACGUCAUCUCAAAGUCAUGUCGAUGGAAAUGAAAGUUUAGAAUCUACCUCGGAUCCUGUCUUCUUGUCAAUGUGUUCUGAGUACAAUGAAACUGCAGAAUACGAGAAAAGGCGCCGAAAAUCGGAUUGGAAACUCGGACAUAACGGUCAAAACAUGGGAGAUUCGAUCGCGGACCGAACAAUUCAUUAG